AUGGACAAAAGUUGGGCCUCUUUCAAUCCGUUUACAGAGGAUUACAGAACAGGGCUAGCAAAAUUUAUCUCAAACUCAUUGGAAGUUGCUUCUCAUGAGGGGAACAUCAAAUGUCCGUGUGCUAAAUGCUUGAAUAGGUUAUGGUUGAGUAAUAAAGAAGUCGAAGCGCAUCUAAUUGUUGAAGGUAUGGACCGUUCAUACUUGCAAGGCUCGUGGGUAUGGCAUGGAGAGACAUUUGGUGACCCUCUUCCAAGUAGCGAAGCUGCACAACAACUUGCUGCUAUUAAUACUCCUCAUUCUGAACUACGCCCCUUGCUUGAAGAUAUUUUCUCUGGUUCCAGUGUGAUGGGUGGCAUGCCUAUUAAUAAUCACAGCGAGCAGGAAGCUUCAAUACCUGCAUAUGCACGUAAGUUUGAAGCCAUGGUGCAAGAUGCAAAUACGAAAUUAUAUCCGAGAUGUGGUAUGAAGAAAAUGGAUUUCCUAAUACGAGUAUUUCAAAACAAGUGCUUAUAUGGGUGCAGCGAAAGUGCAGUACAAGCUAAUCUUCAGCUUCUCAAACAUAUACUCCCAAAUGGUCAUUCUUUACCGAAGAAGGUGAUGAGUACAAAGGGAUUGCUGAAAAAAUUCAUGUUGCCUCACCAAAAGAUCCAUGCAUGUGAAAAUGACUGCAUGUUGUAUUGGAAACAUAACAGUGGUUUAGAUGUUUGUCCUACAUGUGGUGUGUCUAGAUAUACAACCAAGGUAGAUGACACAGCGCCAAGCAGUAAAAAGAGAAUACCUCGGAAGGUGCUAACAUAUUUUCCUAUUACACCUCGCUUGCAACGGCUUUACAUGUCUCGACACACCAGUGAAGAUAUGUGUUGGCAUGGUCUUUCUCGGCCCGAGGAUGGCUACUUAAGACAUCCAGCUGAUUCCUUUGCAUGGAAGCAAUUAGAUUUGAAAUUUCCAACAUUUGGUGAGGAAAUGCGCAAUGUACGUCUUGGGUUGGCAAGUGAUGGAUUCAACCCCUUCGGAAAAUGCAGCACCGACUAUAGCACAUGGCCAGUAUUGUUGACCAUAUACAAUUUACCACCUUGGUUGUGUAUGAAAUCACCUUUCAUAUUGAUGGCUUUGUUAAUACCGGGCAAAGAAUCUCCGGGAAAUGAUAUUGAUGUAUACCUUCAACCAUUAAUAGACGAGCUGAAGGUAUUGUGGACCUCCGGGGUUCCCACUUAUGAUACGUUUAGGCAAGAGACCUUCACCUUACGAGCAGCUGUUUUGUGGACUAUUAGCGACUUCCCCGCCUAUGGGAACUUGUCUGGUUGGAGCACACAUGGGAAAUUAGCAUGUCCUCAUUGCAACUACAACACUGAGUCGACAUAUCUCAAAAAGGGUAGGAAAUAUUGUUAUAGGGGUCACCGUCGUUUCUUGCCCAUGUCACAUGUUUUUCGUCGACAAAGGAAAGCCUUUAAUCUUUCUGACGAAAGAGAGCAAGCACCUUCCCCUAUGACCGGACGUGAAUGCCUUCGGCGGUUGUCCACUUUACGGUUCAAAUAUGGUAAGAACGCCACGGAAACUGGUUGGAGACAAAAGACCACCACCUACACCAACGGUUGGGCCAUGGAAGAAAAACAUAGUAUUUUCUUCCAAUUGCCGUAUUGGGAACAUCUUGUCCUUCGACACUGCCUUGAUGUCAUGCACAUUGAAAAAAAUGUAACUGAAAGUUUGGUUGCAACGCUGCUGGGUAUUGUUGGGAAAAGCAAGGAUAACAUGAAUGCAAGGUUGGACUUGGAAUUGAUGGGCAUGAAACCGGAGUUGCAGAUCAAAUUUGUCAAUGGAAAGCCAAAGAUGCCUCCCGGUGCAUAUACUAUGAAACCAUUAGAGAAGGAAUUGUUUUGCAAGGUCUUAGCCUCAAUAAAAGUGCCUGACAAUUACUCGUCCAAUAUUUCACGUCUUGUGCAUGUAAGGGAAAAGAUCAUAAGGGGACUUAAAAGUCAUGAUUGGCACGUUUUAAUGCAGCAGUUCCUUCCAAUUGCCAUACGCAAAAGCCUCCCAUCUGGGACUGCACAGAUAGUAUUAGAACUAAGUGCAUUCUUCAGACAUUUGUGUACUAAAAAAGGGUCAGUGGAAGGCUUUCGCAAACUUACACCCAAAAUAGUGAUGAUCCUAUGCCAAUUGGAAAGGAUAUUACCCCCUGCGUUCUUUGUCGUCAGUCUUCACCUCACAAUACAUCUUGCCGAGGAAGCUGCACUUGCAGGUCCGGUGCACUACAGAUGGAUGUACCCAAUUGAGAGGUUCCUGCUUACGUUGAAGAAGUAUGUUCGAAAUAAAAAUCGACCAGAGGGAAGCAUGACCCAAGGAUAUCUGGCUGAGGAGUGCUUGUCUUUUUGUGCGAUGUACUUGGAAGGCGUGGAGACACGUUUGAACCGUCCAAGCCGAAAUGCAGAUAUAUUACGGCCUGACCAUGAUGGCAACUUUGACAUAUUUUGUGCCACCGGCCAUUCACUUGGUAUACAGGAAGAUUAUCAUCUUGACAACCACGAUUGGGAGAUUGCACGAUCUUCAAUGGCACCAACUUCUGAAACUCUACUGUUGGUUCUACAGAGUGACAUUGACUUUAUUUUCACCUACAGAAGUUACGUGGAAAAUGCUCAAAAAACUCGAGGAAGGCGUGUAACCAUGCUAGAAGCAGAGAAAGAAGCUAUUAAAUCCUUCCCAGAUUGGUUCGAAAACCAUGUUAAUCAAUUGCAACAUUCAGGUGAUCCAAGUGCAACUGACGACUUGGUGGCGCUUGCUAAUGGACCUAGUAAGUGGUGUCGGAGAUAUAAGACUUUUGUAUGUAAUGGGUUCAGGUUCAAAGUAAGAGGCACACAAUCCAAUGGGAACUACCAAAACUAUGGUGUUUUCCUACAGUCUGAUGUUCCAAGUUAUGCUGGCCCACGUGACCGGAACCCUGUUACCAGUUUGGUAGACUACUAUGGGGUUCUGACUGAUGUAUUUGAAAUCAAGUACCAUAUGGAACGCACGGUGGUUUUAUUCAAGUGCAACUGGUUUAAUGGCACUUCCAGAAAUACUGGUGAGGGAGUAAAAACAGACAUAUAUGGCUUUAGAUUGGUUAACUUCAAUAAGAUGUCGUCUACGAGUGACCCUUUCAUUCUCGCAUCACAAGCACUACAAGUGUUCUAUGUACAAGACCCAACAAAUAUAGAAUGGCAUGUUGCAAUCAAAACGAGACCACGCGAUUUCUUUGAUAUGUCCUCAACACAUGAUGAUGAUCCGUGCGAUGGACAGGAUGUGGAACAUGCAACUGGUGAUAAUGAUGAGGUUCGAGUUAGAAUCGAUGUAGACGCCCAAGACUUUGAAGAAUGCCUGUCAUUCAAAAAAACGAUGAGGUCUGUUUUGAUCAACAAUUUGUAUUCUGAGAUUCAUCGACGCAAGCAAGAGGUAUAUGCUGCCACAGAGAAGAAUGGAAUAUAUAUACCACGACAUCGUUAUGUUAGUGAAGAAGCAGAGAAAAAGGCAAUGUCUGAAAAGAUAGAGCGGAUGAAACUUGAUUAUGAUUCAAAACACAAGAAAAAGCUUGAGGAAACUGGACAUGCACUGUAUGGUAUUGAGGACAAGCAUUUGAAGCAAAUGCGUCCAUCAAAGAGCAGGAAUUUGUGA